AUGUUUGAAUCUCCAAAAAGCCUCCUUGAGGUUUGCAUUGAUUUUAUUUGUAACAAUGUCUUGGAUUUGUGUGACGUACACAUCAGUGAUACGGAAGAAUAUUCCUCUAAUUCAUUGGAUACAACUACUUGUAGUAAAGCAUCUAAUGAUGGAUCGUCAAGUUCUGCUACAAGACUUAGUUUUAGACAUCCAGAUGCAUUUUUACCAGCUGAGAUAUCAGAACAAUUAUUGGCUAACCUUUGUGAGAAAAAAACAUUAUCUGAUUUGACAAUUACACUUUUCAAUUCAAAAUCCACCAGGUUAAGACAUGUACGAUUGAAAGAUGCAUCUACAUUAUCAGCAAAAGGCUUAAAAGUUUUAAAACAACAUAAAGUGGUAGAUUUGAUGGUAAAUGGAUUAAAAAUAACUGUUAAUGAUCUAAUAAGUUGUUUGGGUGAUUGGAGUUUACAAAAUCUUAGAUCACUAAGUGUAGCAAAAGGAAGUUUCAUAGAUUGUUCGAGGUAUUGUGUGGUAGUAACAUUAAGUAAAUUGAGGUCACUGCAUACAUUAAAUGUAUCAGGUACAGAAUUUAAUAAACAUGGUUUGGAAAUAGUAGUUGAAGAUCUUCCUCUUUUAGAAAGUUUAGAUAUUUCAUGUACAAAAGUCGACGAUAUAACACCAUUAAAAAAAUGUAAAAACCGUCUAAAAACACUUAAUAUGUAUAAUUUAAAGAUAAAUGAAAGUGCAGAUUUAAUCUCAGUAUUAUUGGAGUUGAAUGAACUAAGAAAUUUAGAUAUCUCAGAUGAAAAAGAUAUGCAUGCUCUUAAUUGUAUGUUAGGGCCUGAGAAGCCAAAAAUAACUGAUUUUUUGAAAGCUGUACAUUGUAUGCCAUAUCUAACUAGUUUAGAUUUAUCUGGUAAGGGUGAUAUAGAUCCAAAAGAUUUAAAAGAAUUUAUUAAAGCUCAUCCAUAUUUAAGGUUUUUGGGACUUGUAAGUACAGAUGCUUGUUAUGAUGACAGUUUAACAAAUCCAACAGAUGAAUAUUAUAGGCCUGGACUUGUUGUUACUGGUACAGCAACAGAAUCUCAAAUUUUAGAAGGUCUGAGAAGGUAUACGUGUAGACCACUUUACCUUGAAAAAUGUUUAUUUAAUUUAUUCCGUUUGACACACAAUUUUCUUGAAUCUCGGAUUGAUGUUAUAAAAUUAGUAUUACCUGCAAUGAGAGAACAUCCACAGGAAGUACGUGUACAGGUGCCAUGUACUGCAUGUCUUUAUAAUCUCACUAAGGGUGAAUUCUCCAUCAUGAUUCAUCCAUCAAUUCUUAAGCAAGUUGUUGAACUAACAAUGAUUGCAAUGGAAUGUUACCCAACUAAUUAUCGGCUUCAAAUGAAUACAUUAUUAAUUUUAUGUAGUGACAGAAUUCUACAGGAAAUUACUUUUGACAAAUACAGAUGUGCAAGAUUAGUGUUAAAUUCUUUAUUAACUUUUAAUGAACCAUCAAUGAAUCGCAUGUCUGUUGCCAUCUGCUCUAUAUUGGCAGCAAAAAUAUCAACAGUGGAAACAUCUAUGCUUGGUGCUCAACCUCAAUAUAUGUCUAAAUUAUUAGCAAUGGUUAGGACUAAAGUUGAAUCUAAAUCAGUAGACAUAACAAUGAAAUUUACAUUAAGUGCUCUGUGGAAUUUAACUGAUGAAAGUGCUACAACAUGUGAAGUCUUUCUAGAUGAAGGUGGAAUGGAAUUAUUUCUUAAAGUGUUAGAAAGUUUUCAAGGACAGUUUAGUGUUGAAACUAAAGUACUUGGUUCAUUAAAUAAUAUAGCAGAGGUGGUUCAUUUAAGACCAAGACUUAUGCAACCUAGGUUCAUCUCUAUGCUUUCUACGUUGCUGACAUCUGUACAUAUUGAUGUAUCUUAUUUCGCAGCAGGUAUUGCUGCGCAUUUGCUUAGUGAUGGUCCACGUGCAUGGGCUGCAAUAUCCUCACUGCCAAGUAGAGAUGAAUUAUUAGAACAAUUAGCUCAUACUAUAACACAUUGGCAAACUCCUCAAGGGGAAAUGGUUGCAUAUAGAAGUUUCCAUCCAUUUUUCCCACUUUUGCGUUGUUCAGAUGUAUAUCCUGUUCAACUUUGGGCAGUUUGGGCAAUACAUCAUGUAUGCACGAAGAAUCCAAAACGGUAUUGCAGUAUGUUAAUCAGAGAAGGUGGCGUAGAAAUAUUAAAAUAUUUGGAGAAUAUCCACACAGAUCAGACAACAAGACCAAAUUUACAAAGUGUUCCGUUUUUAAUAAUAUUUAAAACAUGGCCAAGUGUUAAGGAUGAAUACGAAUUUAGAGCACAGAGUAUAGCAUUUCCUAAGGAAGCUAAUGUAUCUAGAUAUAAGUUCCAUAAUAUCCACUCUAAAAAUUCUAUGGAUACUUUAUGUUUUCAGUUUUAAAUUAUUUGAUGUUAUAAAUUUAUAAUUUUAUAAGCUAAAUUAUAUAGAUACAUCAGGAUAUUAAAAAAACAAUCUAGUAAAUAUAAUAACUGUCACUGGAAAAAUAAUAGUUUUACAUUCACUCAGGAAUAG